GUUUCAGCUUUCCACCUGGCGCUUCAAUUUCGGUUGAACUUUACAACCGUAUCGAUAAAUUAAGUGUGCAAUAUGAGUCGGGACAGGAGCAGAAGUCCUGGUCUAGCCAAGCGGUUCCGCAGCAGAGACCGAGCUGCUUACCGUGAUGCACCUUACAGAAGGGACAGGCCUACAUACCGGCAAGAUUAUCUGUGCAAUAAAUGUAAGCGACCUGGACACUUUGCCAGAGAUUGUCCAAAUGUGACUGUCUGCAACAACUGUGGUCUUCCUGGUCAUAUUGCAGCUGAAUGCACGUCAACCACCAUGUGUUGGAACUGCAAAGAGUCGGGACAUCUUUCAAGCGAGUGCCCCAAUGAUCCCGUUUGCCAUAUGUGUGGCAAAGUAGGGCACCUGGCUCGUGAUUGUCACAACCCAAGCGUUUCGUCCUAUGAUGCUCGUCUUUGCAACAACUGCUAUAAACCUGGCCACAUUGCUGCUGACUGCACCAACGAGAAGGCUUGCAACAACUGCCGAAAGACCGGGCACCUUGCUCGCGAUUGCCAUAACGAUCCAGUAUGCAACAUUUGCAGCAUAUCUGGGCAUGUAGCACGCCAGUGUCCAAAGUCUGGCUCUGACCUGCCGAGCCUGCCAGGCCCGCUUAAGCAUGGGUCAUCGAGCUUGAUGGGCCCACUGGGGACGUCAUCGAUGAUGGAUGACCCUUUCCGGGAUAUGAUUUGUCGUAAUUGUGGUCGCCCUGGUCAUAUCAGCCGCGACUGUGUGCCUAUGGUUAUCUGCAGCAAUUGUGGUGGUCGGGGCCACCAGGAAAUCGAGUGCCCAUCUGCCCGGAUUUAUGACCCGUUUGACCGUGCAUUUCUUGAUCCACGCUUUCGUAGGUACUGAAAGAAUUUUGGAUCAACUCAAUGCAUGGGCCCACGGGUGGCGGGUUGGACUCACCCUGAAGCUGUGAUGUGCAUUUGUGGAGGUCCGUGGUGUUUCAAAGUCGCUUUCUGUAGAGCGGUUGGAUCCUUGUUUGCUAUAGCCAUAGUGUAGCUCCUUUUUACUACAAAGUAGUUUGCUAAAAAUGUUGAAAAUUUUGAGAUCUUUGGUGGUAUUAUUGGAGAUAAAUAGAACUUUUCUGUUUGGUUUUUCAGUUCUGUAUAUUUUUUGAAGUUAACGGUUGAAUCAUUUCGAUAA